AUGGGGAAUCAGACUGUGGCGGAUUUUCUUGAGGCUAGAGCGGAGCUGCCGUCGUACUGGUUAUCAACACCGUCGUUGUUGUCUAACAUGGCGGAUUCCUUCGAUGUUUUAUCUGUUGGUUUAAAUCUCAUAUGUCAUAAGAGAGCUCACUCGCAAGUGUUUAUGUUAUUUUCUACCACUAUGGAUUAUGCCCACCAACUGUUUGAUCAAAUUACUGAACCAGAUAUCUUUAUGUGGAGAAGUGCAUUGUUUAAUGGAGGAAAUUUGAGGAAAAUGCAACGAGGAGUUGCAGAGAAGAAGAAAGUUUUGACUUUUGACCCGCCCGCUGCCGCCACUGCUGCCACCACCGCUGCCGCCACCGUUGCCGCCACUGUCUUCCGUUACAAUCCAGCUGAGUUGCAUGUACGGUUGCACCUGACCAAGGCUGAUCGGACUGUCUUCGUUGACAAGAGAUCAAAGGAUAAAAACGACCGUUUCCAGGCAGAGCUUGCUGCAGCGACCCAGUCUCAGGCGGCUGGAGAAGGGAGUUCGUCGACUCCAGAGCCGAUCGACGAGAACGAGCUGUUUUUGUCUCUCGAGGCAAUCAAGAAGCAGCGAGUCUACGGUAUUGGUUCGGCUUCAGCAUCCUACAUCGGCCAGAGCAGCCGAUUGCGCCGCGGCGGAUCAUCCCAGUCACAGCAGCAGGCGGUCGUUAGUGAGGAGAUCGAGCAGCGCAUUGCUAGAGAGGUUGAGGAGCGACUCGAGCAGCGGAUGCGUACUGUGGAGGCGGGUUUUGAAGAGCGGGUCGAGCAGCGGAUCCGUACUGUGGAGGCGGGUUUCGACGAGCGGAUCCGUACUGAGCUUGCGCGACUGAUGACUACACUCCCACCGGAGUUACGACCGCAGUUUCCCCCACCUCCACCUCCACCGGCUGACGACACUACUAGUUUGGAGUAGUAUAGUAUUUG